AUGGUGUCAAUCAAGUGGCCUCCGAAGCGAACCAGAAAUCAAGAAAAGCAUCGGAAAGUGACUGAUCAUUCAAUCGCAUACGCAAUGACGGAACAGAAUACUGUUGUCGGAUUACUGUCGGCGAACAUUAGCCACCGCGCUUUAUGGGUCUUGUUAUGUACCACAUAUAACAUUUUCCUAUACGGUGGGGUUCUCAAGAAGAAUACUCUAAUUCCAGGGAUGUACUUCCAAUGGUUGAUGUGCAUUGGUCAACUGAUAGCCGGUGUUGGUGUUCUUGCAUUCACUGGCUGGCCACCAAUAUAUCCCUUAGCACUACUGGGUGGAAUGUUCUUUGCUAUAGGGAAUGCGCUUACCAUUACCAUAAUGGAUGGCAUAGGAAUGGCUGUUGGUUCGUUACUGUGGAAUUCAGUAACCUGUGUAGUAGGCUGGGCUGUAUCCCGAUUCGGAUUAUUCGGGAGCCUCAAAAAAGUGCCUUACGAUAAUGUGAUGAACAUCAUCGGUGUCGUUGUCGUCUGUAUUGGGUAA